AUGCAGCGCCCAAUGUACCCCGCCAAAACCCCUCCACUGCACCAUCCAGUGCCCCAGAAACCCGUACAGGUACCUGUGAUGCACUCUCCACCACCGCCGCCCUCAUCCUCAAACUCCUACAACUCCCCAUAUGACAACCCUAGUUACUCUCAACCAAGUACCCGCAGCAUCCCCGGAGGAAAUCUACAUCCCCAGUCCGCUGCCUACCCAUCAUGGGUGCCGCAAAACAUGAACGGGAAUUUCUUCUCCGACCCAGCAGCGCAGAUGGGGUUCUCUGUCGCGAAUGCUGCAAUGUCCCGCGGGACCGAUAUGGCUGAGAAAAACUUAAAUCGCUACAUCUCGGCUCUGAAACCCUACUUUGCAGUAACAAAUACUUACGUUCUUCACGUCAAUGCGCCAGACCACUACAUUCCGCUCAUGUCUUUUGUGACUUAUAUUCUCUUUAACAGUCUUCUCACGGGAAUCUCGGGGAACUUCCAUCCUGAACAACUCGCACAGACUGCCACCACGGCGUUUGUGAUUGUGUUUUUUGAGCUCGCGAUAUUGAAGAUGGGGAGCUACCUUUUGAACAUCAACGGUGGUGAGGGGCAGUUUUUGGACUUGUUGGGGUACAGCGGGUAUAAGUUUUUUGGCGCAAUCCUUAUGAUCCUCAUUGGAGAGGUGAUGGGGAUGAAUAGUUGGCUCGCGUGGGCUGUGUUUAUGUACUUCUUUGCGGCGAACGCUUUUUUCCUUCUACGGAGUCUGAAAUAUGUGCUACUGCCGUCCGAGAAUGGACAAGAUGGACGAGAUGUGUAUACCAAUACUUCUUCGGCCGGUGUGCCCAGGGGACAGAGAAGGAAGAGGAGGACCUGGUUUUGUUUUUUUAUAGUUAUGUAG